AGUGCCCACCAGGGCGGCAACCGUCCUUGCAGCGGGUUUCUCCUCACCUAAGACACGAGAAGCCGGGGGGAAGGACAUACGAACACAAGAAAGAUCCCAGAGCAACGACGACCCAAGAGCGCAGAAACGACAACGCGGGAGGACAGAAAACGAGAGGACAGGCGACAGAACGACAGGGCGAGCCGAAAAGAGGCAAAACGACAAGAGGCAAAAAAGACCGAGGCCUCAGACACCAUGUCCAACGCCAUGAGCACCACGUCCAGCACCUCAGGUCAGAAGCAUUCGCUCCACACAUUGAACCAUCGAUGAACACCAAUUGUAAACAGGUGCCGAAGGCGUGACUCAUCGAGAAGGGCGGCACGCCGACGGGGAACAGCAGCACGAGGGUCGCAACAACCCGCUUCGCCAGGAAGGGGUAUACGAACAGACGGGCCGGAAUCGCCACAGGCACGAACCUCAUACUCCACGGGCUCUACUUCAAGCUGAAACCCCACCCUACGCAGGGUCGGCGCGGUAUGACUGCACUGCGGCACGAUGCGGUCGAGUUGGUUGGAGAUCGCCUCCAUUAAGGGAGCUAUGCGGGAUAGCGGCAAAUUCCACCUGCAUCAUCUGGACACGCCGUCGUUCAGCAGCGAGAGCGCAGAGGCCAGUCCAAUGAUGAAGCCGUGCUCGAAGAUGAUGGGUUUCUGCGGCCAUGGCGCCACGCGAUGUCUGAUUGUCCAACAUGGGCAAGACGCUCUUGCAGUGAGGCUCCCCACCGCCGAAAUCCGAGAGGGACGCGAAAACAGACACCUGCGGCAAGAGCGGAUGACGAACUCCACUGGCUCCAAGAACGGCGCCGUGCGCAGCACGAUGAAGGACAGCUCCACGACCCGCUCGACAAAUAUCAGCGAGACCACGAACGGCAAGAGCCUCAAGAUGGCGAAGCACAGGAUGACGAACGGUAGUAUGAAAACCAUGAGCCCGUCGCCGUGGUAGUUUAGGCUGUGGGCCGACUCUCCGCCACGAAGCAUGUGCGCCCAUGGAUCGCACCAACAAAGGCCAAGCCAGAAGUCAUGCAACUCAGCAUCACGACCACGACGUCCAGGGCGAAGCGGGCCAUAGUGGGCAUCGUCGGGAUCACCUUUACCACGACCACCAGGACCACCACCAGCAUCUCGUGAAGACAAUGACUGCCCGCACGGUUGACCCAGAAUUGCACGCUUGAGCUCCCAUCUGAUUGUCGGUGCCUUUGAUCCGUGCUGACCGAGCCCUCCACAAGCAGCUGUCGAAGCCAAGGGGAGGACCCAACGCAGCCUGAAAAACAGCGGGCGAGGGGGGCACCAACGGCGGUAAACGCAACCACGCCCUUCACUGUGGCCUUCGAAACGCCAGCAGAUGCCGAAGGCGAUGUGAUCCGACUUCCCUGCGCUAAACUGCCCGCGAAUCCAGUCCACACGCGCGCCAGGCAAGGCAUGGCAGGGCAUCGCGCAGGUGCAAGAUAGAAGCCGCCGCUCAAGCAAAUGAGUU